AAGUGAAGAAAACCUCGCGAUCUCGCAGAGGGGGAGGAGAGAGCGACAGAAGGGGGAAUUUCUCUCGAGAGAGGGAGGGGGGAUUUCUAUUGACGGAGGGAUUUUGGAUUUUUUUUCUUUUUUUUUUUGUUGGCAGAUUUUUUUUUGUGCAAUUUGAUCUGCUGUGUUAGGGCGUUAGAGUCGCCGGAAUCCGACUGAUUUGGCCGGAGAAUCUGGUCGGUGGCCGGAGUGAUCGACCGAUUUGACCGUGCUGGUGCUCUGUUGCGGGCGGGCGGUCGGGGAAAGAUGGUGAACUCUAUGGUGGAGAGAGCCACGAGCGACAUGCUCAUUGGACCUGAUUGGGCGAUGAACAUUGAGAUCUGCGACAUGCUCAAUCGUGACCCCGGACAAGCAAAGGAUGUUGUUAAAGGCAUAAAGAAGCGUCUUGGAAGUAAGAAUCCUAAGGUUCAGCUUCUCGCUUUGACAUUAUUGGAGACAAUAAUAAAGAACUGUGGAGACAUUGUUCAUAUGCACGUGGCAGAGAGAGACGUUCUUCAUGAGAUGGUGAAAAUAGCAAGGAAAAAGCCUGAUUUCCAUGUUAAGGAGAAGAUACUGAUUCUUAUAGAUACAUGGCAAGAAGCUUUCGGAGGACCAAGGGCAAGAUAUCCGCAGUAUUUUGCUGCAUACCAGGAGUUGUUGCGCGCUGGAGCUGUGUUUCCUCAGAGGGCAGAGGGUUCUGCUCCUGUAUUUACACCUCCACAAACACAACCUCUAUCAUCUUAUCCACCAAAUGUCCGUGGCACUGAGUUUCGGCAGGAUGGACCAGAGUCUUCAGCAGAAUCUGAAUUUCCAACCUUAAGCUUGACAGAAAUUCAGAAUGCUCGGGGUAUAAUGGAUGUGCUUGCGGAAAUGCUUAAUGCAAUAGAUCCAGGGAAUAAAGAGGGGCUUAAGCAGGAGGUUAUUGUUGACUUGGUGGAGCAAUGUCGAACGUACAAACAGAGAGUGGUGCACCUUGUUAAUUCAACAUCGGAUGAAUCACUUCUACGACAAGGUUUAGCACUGAAUGAUGACUUGCAACGUGUGCUUGCCAAGCAUGAAGCUAUUGCUUCAGGAAAUUCAGUUGAGAUGGAGAAACCUAAGCCUGAGUCCUCUGGUGCACUUAUAGAUGUCAAUGGUCCUCUAGUUGACACUGGAGAUAGCAACAAAGAGCAGGAUGGAAGAUCCAUAUCCAGUGCUGGAACGAGUUCUUUGAACCAGUUGCUGCUGCCUGCACCGCCUCCUGCUAACGGAGUGGCUCCUCCACCGAAAAUGGACCCCAAAAUGGACCUCCUCAGCGGGGAGGACUUCAGCUCUCCUAAGGCUGAGAAUUCACUUGCUCUCAUUCCCGUUGGAGGUGGUCAACAGUCAAGUGCGUUGCCCUCUGAUCAGAAUGCGCUAGUUCUCGUCGACAUGUUUUCAGAUGCUCCCAACCCGCCUAAUCCCAUCAACACCCAGGGGGCCAAUCUUGGUGGACAGAGCAAUCCUUCGACUCCUCAAUUCCAGCAGCAGCCGAAUCUUCAGGCUCCGCAGCCUGGGUUUUAUGUUAAUGGGGCUGUUCCGUCUAACUUGGCACCGUCGCAGUUCAAUCAGUCACUGUACAAUCAAAACCCAGCUCCCACUUGGAAUGGCCAGAUUCCACAGCAGCAGCAGCAGCAGCAGCAACCAACAUCACCAGCUUAUGGAUCGCCAAGUGCCAGUGCACUUCCACCACCACCGUGGGAAGCUCAGCCUGCAGAGAGUAGCCAAGGAAUGGGCUCUCAGUACCCUCAACAAAUGCCUCCACCAAUGAGUAAUGAGCAGGCCAUGCCCAUGUACAUGCCUCAGGUUACGGGGCCUGGCCAGUUCGCGCAGCAGCAGCACCAAAUGUAUGCCUUACAACCUCAACAGAUGCAGGGCGUCCCCUACAUGGCUAUGGUCCCACCGCAGAUGCAAGGAGCGCAAAUGCCUUAUAUGUACCCUCAGCAAAUCUACGGGGGACAAGUGGCAGCAUAUGCGUAUGGUCAGGCGGGUGCUCAGUACCUCGACCAGCGGAUGUAUGGACUCUCGGUGAGAGAUGACAGUGGGUUGGGGAACCCUAGUUCUUACCACGUAUCUUCUUCUACUUCUGCUUCCUCGUAUCUGCCUCCCAUGAAGCAGCAAUCGAAGCCUGAGGACAAGUUGUUUGGUGACCUUGUGAACAUGGCCAAAGUGAAGUCAUCAAAACCCAGCACUCCCGGAAGAGCUGGUAGCAUGUAGCAGCACGAGCCCGAGCAAGUUCACUCUCUGCAUUUUGGUCUUUAUUUUUGUUGCCAACUAACUCAGUUUCUUUUCCUAUUUUCAUGAUUCCUUGCGUGCUCUCUCUCUCUCUCUCUCUCUCUCUCUCUCUAUAUAUAUAUAUAUAUAUAUAUAUUCUUCCGGUUUCUUCUUGGUUCUCAUAUGCGCAUAUGCUUUUCUGGCAUUGGAAUUGAUGUACAUUCGUUGUAAAGGAGAAUAUGAAAAAAAAUUUGUUAGACACUAUCAACCCUCACGAGGUAGAAUCCGCGAUAAGUGAUAUGUAGGUUUGUUUUUUUAGCUUGCUUUUUUCUUUCUUUCUAUCUGGAUUUUCUGUUUCUUCUUUGGUAAUAAUAAUUCAUGUUGGAUUGCUGGGGCAAGACUACUUCUUUUGUGUUAGAAUUGCUUGUCACGUUGGUUCGGACUUUCUCAUCUUGAUUUUAUUUCUGCAGUUUGGCUGGACACUGUAGAAUGAGUGAUUAAGGCAAGGCAGCUGUGUGAAUCUUAAGUUCAUGUUUGGUAUGAGAGAAUUGAAUGGAAUGGAAUGGAAAUUUAUUUC